GCAUGGAAUCUGCCCUGUAAUUUACCAGCCGCCCAGCUUUAAAAUUGGAUUUCUCUAGUGCUUUUAAAAUAGACACUCUCUCCUCCUGCCGCUGGAAGAGUUUCAGUAUCUGGAGGUUGCAGUUCAGUCUCCUAAAAGUUGCAACAGAGCAUGUUUGCAUUGAGAAUGAACUCCCAGGUAAUGUGUGUGUUGUUGUUUUGGUGUUUCACCCAGUGUGUGAAUGGAAAUAGUUUCCAGGCAUGUGGAAUGUGUGUGUGUGUGUAUGUUUGGAACGAGGGGAGUACUUUUGGUACUCCCAAGGGACAUGCCCUUUCUCAGGAAUUUGACGUUUGGAAUUCCUGAAACUGAAAGAACUGGUUUGGGAAUUCCGGAUGGACUGGCUUUCCCAGCAACUCCCUCUGAAUCAGCUGCUGUUGGCUUUGUAUUUUGGGUGGUGCUCUGAGCCGAAGAGAGGCUCCACCUGCUCCGUAGGCGUCGGAUAUAGGGGACAGGUGCAUGCAGCGGGGUGCGUACUUCAACCUUCCUCCGCUUUGUCCUCUGUGUGUGCUUUCGCCCAGGGGCGGGCGCUCUCGUGUUCAACAAGUUCCUCCUUAUGCAUGAAACUUUCAUAGGUACUUCAUAGGAAACGGUUUUUCUGAAGAAACGGCGAAGGGGAGGAUUCUUUUUCCUGGAAUUAUAAUCCUGCCUUGGAGUGUUUGCUGUCCGGAUUGUUUUGCCCCUGCUGCUGUGUAACAUUGCUAGAAAGUCUGCGCGAAGUGGCCCCUCUCCGGUGAAACUGUGUAGUUUCGGUCUGAUGUCAUCUUUGGAGCACAACAAUGGAAGAAACGGCGAUAUGGGAACAACACACAGUGACGCUUCACAGAGCUCCUGGAUUCGGGUUUGGCAUUGCCAUAUCUGGCGGAAGAGAUAAUCCCCAUUUCCAAAGCGGCGAAACAUCGAUAGUUAUAUCAGAUGUGCUCAAAGGAGGUCCAGCAGAAGGACUGCUGCAGGAGAAUGAUCGUGUUGCAAUGGUUAACGGUGUAUCGAUGGAUAAUGUGGAGCAUGCUUUUGCUGUUCAGCAGCUGAGGAAAAGUGGGAAAAAUGCCAAAAUUACCAUCCGAAGGAUGAAAAAAGUCCACAUCCCAGUCACUCGGACAGAUCCAGACCCAGUGUCUGAAAACGAUGAGGACAGCUACGAAGAGGACAUGCAUGACCCAAGGAGUUCCCGCGGUGCUGCGAGCGCAACCCGGAGGCACGAGAAAAGCUGGGUGAGAGACCGAAGUGCCAGCAGAGAGAGGAGUUUGUCGCCAAGAUCCGACCGGAGAUCGGUCAGCUCCAAUCAACCUGCAAAGCCCACGAAGGUCACGUUGGUGAAAUCAAGGAAGAAUGAAGAAUACGGGUUGCGCCUUGCCAGCCACAUAUUUGUGAAGGAAAUAUCCCAAGAUAGUCUGGCAGCGAGAGACGGCAACAUUCAGGAAGGUGACGUUGUACUAAAGAUAAACGGAACAGUCACGGAAAAUAUGUCAUUGACAGAUGCCAAGACCCUAAUAGAAAGGUCAAAGGGCAAGUUGAAGAUGGUGGUUCAAAGGGAUGAACGAGCAACCCUGCUGAAUGUCCCAGAUCUUUCUGAUAGCAUUCAUUCGGCUAAUGCUUCAGAAAGAGAUGACAUUUCAGAAAUUCAGUCGUUGGCAUCCGAUCAUUCCAACCGAUCCCAUGACAGGCCCCGCCGCAGUCGUUCACGAUCUCCUGACCAGAGGUCAGAGCCUUCAGACCAUUCCAGACAUUCUCCACAGCAGCCCAGCAAUGGCAGUCUCCGGAGCAGAGAUGACGAAAGAAUAGCAAAGCCAGGAGCAGCCUCUACUCCUGUGAAGAAUGCAGAAGAGACCUCCCUCUCCAAAGCCGUGGAAGAAUCUGUUACGGAGAGAAAUGAUAAGCAGACCCCACCUCUUCCAGAACCAAAGCCAGUAUAUGCUCAGGCCGGGCAGCCAGAUGUGGAUUUGCCUGUCAGUCCAUCCGACGGCCCUUUGCCAAAUUCAACACAUGAAGACGGAAUGCUUCGGCCAAGCAUGAAGCUUGUCAAAUUCAAAAAAGGGGACAGCGUGGGCUUGCGGCUGGCUGGGGGCAACGACGUGGGGAUCUUUGUGGCCGGCGUCUUGGAGGACAGCCCUGCUGCCAAAGAAGGCUUGGAAGAAGGGGACCAGAUUCUCAGGGUAAAUAAUGUUGACUUCACAAAUAUCAUCCGGGAGGAAGCAGUCCUGUUUCUGCUUGACCUCCCCAAAGGGGAAGAGGUAACCAUUUUGGCACAGAAGAAGAAAGACGUUUAUCGGCGCAUUGUUGAGUCAGACGUGGGAGACUCUUUCUAUAUUCGGACCCAUUUUGAAUAUGAAAAGGAAUCUCCCUAUGGCCUGAGCUUCAACAAAGGAGAGGUGUUCCGGGUGGUAGACACAUUAUACAAUGGCAAGCUGGGAUCCUGGCUGGCAAUUCGGAUUGGCAAGAACCAUAAAGAAGUGGAAAGAGGCAUUAUUCCCAACAAAAACAGAGCCGAGCAGCUGGCGAGCGUGCAGUACACCCUCCCAAAAACUGCAGGUGGGGACCGUGCAGACUUCUGGCGUUUCCGUGGCCUGCGCAGCUCAAAAAGGAACUUGCGGAAGAGCCGGGAAGACCUUUCGGCCCAGCCAGUUCAGACCAAGUUCCCCGCAUACGAAAGAGUUGUCCUUCGAGAAGCUGGAUUUCUCAGGCCUGUGACGAUCUUCGGACCAAUUGCGGACGUUGCGCGAGAAAAGCUGGCCCGAGAAGAACCAGAUAUUUACCAAAUUGCAAAAAGUGAACCAAGGGAUGCUGGGACAGAUCAGCGUAGUUCGGGCAUUAUUCGGCUUCACACAAUAAAACAGAUCAUUGACAGAGACAAACAUGCGCUCCUGGAUGUCACUCCGAACGCAGUGGACCGCCUCAAUUACGCACAGUGGUAUCCCAUCGUGGUAUUCUUGAACCCCGACUCAAAGCAGGGUGUAAAGACCAUGAGGAUGAGGCUAUGUCCGGAGUCACGGAAAAGCGCAAGGAAACUGUAUGAGAGAGCCCACAAACUACGGAAAAACAACCACCACCUCUUCACAGCCACGAUUAACUUGAAUUCAAUGAACGAUGGCUGGUAUGGAGCUCUUAAGGAAGCAAUUCAGCAACAGCAGAACCAGUUAGUGUGGGUUUCGGAAGGAAAGGCAGAUGGUGCUACCAGCGACGACCUUGACCUACACGAUGACCGCCUGUCCUACCUGUCGGCUCCGGGGAGCGAGUACUCCAUGUACAGCACGGACAGCAGGCACACUUCGGACUACGAGGACACGGACACAGAAGGCGGGGCCUACACGGACCAAGAGUUGGAUGAGACCCUCAACGAUGAGGUUGGGACUCCUCCCGAGUCGGCCAUUACGCGGUCUUCUGAGCCCGUGAGAGAAGAUUCGUCCGGAGUGCAUCACGAGAACCAAACCUAUCCUCCGUACGCCGCUCAGGCUCAGAGUCAGCCCAACCACAGGAUAGAGUCCCCUGGGUUCAAGACGAGCACCGCUCAGCCGAAAACAGAGACUUCGCCUGGGGUCCCCUACCUCUCCCCAUCGCCGGAAACAAACCCUCCUCCGGCUUUAUCUACUUCGUCUGUCAACCUCAGGCUGGAGGAGCCUGGCAUGCACGCCUACAACCACUACCCGCCACAACCCGGGCCCCUCAGGACACCCAGCCUUGAGGCACCCCACUUAAUGCUCAGAGACCCUGAGCAGCCAUCCUUAUCGCCGCACUUAGACCCAACCAAGAUGUACAGGAAUGAGCCUUACAUCAACGAGGAGCCCCCUCGGGCAAACUAUGUCUUAAAGCAGCCGGUCCAGAGGCAGGAGAAAGAUCCAAACCUGGCCUAUGAACCGCAAGCCCCAUAUGUGGAGAAGCAGCCGAACCGCGAGUAUGAGCCUCCGCUGGCCUACAGGUAUGACUCCACCAACUAUGUGGACCAGUACUCGCGCAGCUACGACCCCCGCCUCCACUACGAGGACCGUGUGCCUCCCUACGAGGACCACUGGUCCUAUUACGACGAGAAGCCUCCCUACCAGCCCAGGCCUCCGUACGACAACCAGGCUCCCAGAGACUUUGACCCCCGGCAAAACGCGGACGAGGGCACAGAACGGGGCUACUUUGCCUCCCAGCCGCGCUUUGAGGAGCCCCCUCCAAUGGCUUAUGACAGCCGGCCCCGCUACGAGCCCAAAAGCUUCAACAUGACGCAGCUACGGUAUGAAGAACAGACUCCGGCAGGAUACGAAGUGCAUGGAGGGCGGUACAAGCCGGAGAGCCAGCAGGCCUACCCCUCUGGAGUGCCCAGGUCGCCCGAACCCAAGCAUUAUUUUGAACCUCAACCCCCGGGCUACGAAGCAGCCCCCCUGCAAGGCUUUGGUGCAAAGGCGGGGCAGUACGAACUCUCUCCCAACCCUCCCCUCCCUUUGCAAAGCAAACCCGAAGUUCUGCCUUCCAACAGUAAACCACUGCCUAUCCAACCAGCCGAGGAGGAGGACGACCCAGCCAUGAAGCCUCAGUCCGUGCUCACCAGGGUCAAAAUGUUUGAAAACAAAAGGUCGUCGUCACUGGAAAAAAUCAAGGACUCAAAUGAAGUUCCCACAGCCAAGCAGCCUCCAGAGCUGGCGCCUAAGCCUAACAUCACUCCAGCGGGCGGUCCGAAACCAGUCUCUCAAAAUCAAUAUGAACACGAUAAACCAGCGUACAGAGCCCCAGAACCACAGAGACCUCAAACGAAGCCCCCCGAGGACAUUGUUCGGGCAAACCACUAUGACCCCGAGGAGGAUGAGGAGUAUUACCGGAAGCAGCUCUCCUAUUUCGACCGCCGAAGUUUUGAAAACAAGCCGGCUGCUCAGGUCCCUGCCAGCCUCCACACGGAGCCUGCAAAGCCAGUCCACCUCCACAAUCAGCUUAACUACACAAACUACGCUUCAAAAUUUCUUGGCUCUUAUUCUAGCUUUGGCUACUUGAACAGGAGCACCAAGUGGGCCAAGUCGAUAGAUGUGGAGCCGCUGGAUCGGGUUGUUGGUGAGAAGCGUUAUGAGCCAGUUCCUCAAGUGACCCCCUCUCCGCCUGUGCCUCCGGUGCAAUAUACCCAGCCUCAGUCCAUGAACAACCCUGUUGUGUCUCUUCAGCCCAAGUCUGCACUUGCUGCAGUGAACUCUGUGUCAGAUUUCCAGAACUCCACCCUCACGAAGCCUGAGCCGCCACCACCUCAGAAUAAGCCGGCUGCUUUCCGAUCGUCCAGCCGAGAAGACACCGUGCAGUCCACCUACUAUCCCCAGAAAAGCUUCCCUGACAAGGGGCCGGUGAACGGAACCGAUCCAGUCCCAAAGACGGUCACUCCCGCUUACAACCGCUUCACAACCAAACCUUACACGAGCGCCGCCCGGCCCUUUGAGCGCAAGUUUGAAAGCCCCAAAUUCAACCACAACCUCCUGCCAGAUGAGAAUCAGCAUAAUAAACCAGAGUUGCCAUCCAAGCCUCAGAAUUCUCCCCAGCCUCUCUUAAAAGCACACAGCGCAUCCCAGCCGGAGUUCGACAGCACGGUGGAUACCUUCUCCGACAAGCUCAAAUACCAACCAAAUAAUAUCAAUGCUGUGCCUAAAGCCAUUCCUGUCAGUCCAUCUGCUUUGGAGGAUGAUGAUGAAGAGGAUGGGCACACUGUCGUAGCCACGGCGAGAGGCGUUUUUAACAGCAAUGGUGGUGUCCUGAGCUCCAUAGAGACUGGCGUGAGCAUAAUUAUACCCCAAGGAGCCAUCCCCGAGGGCAUCGAGCAGGAGAUCUAUUUCAAGGUCUGCCGGGACAAUAGUAUCCUCCCUCCUUUGGACAAGGAGAAAGGUGAAACGCUGCUCAGCCCUUUGGUAAUGUGCGGGCCCCAUGGACUAAAAUUCCUGAAGCCAGUGGAGCUGCGCUUGCCACAUUGUGCGUCUAUGACCCCCGAUGGUUGGUCUUUUGCUCUAAAAUCCUCCGACUCCUCGUCGGGUGACCCCAAAACCUGGCAGAACAAGUCUCUUCCCGGGGAUCCAAACUAUCUUGUUGGAGCGAACUGUGUGUCAGUUCUAAUAGAUCACUUCUAACCCUUACGUUAGCAGACUGACUUAUAAGUCCGAGACCGAGAUUUAAAAGCAAACAGACAAAACAAAACUGACCUUACCUAGACACUGAUCCACUCGUUUCCAAGUAUUAACGUUUCUCCUAGUAUUAAGCAGUCUUUGCUUUGACUAACAACAGAUAGCAAAUUCCUUCUCGAACCAUGGUCAGGGUACAUGUCCAUGAGCAGCCGGGUCCUUUCUUUUGCGUUCCUUAACCAUACACUUUGAAUGCAUCAUAACUUAAAACCACCAUUGAAGCAAUGCAGUCUUAAUUUUUUUUAUUAAUUACUUUUCUUCCAGUAAAAGCAUUGAAAUUUGAUGCACAGUCCACUGCAGAAUUAGGUCUUUUUCUAAAGUCUUUUCGUUUUUACGUAAUACACAAAACAAAACACCGUUGUGUGUUUGGAAUAUGCAAAGACUCUUGCGGUCACUUAUUUUUUUAAAAAAAAUAAUACAACUGGCAAUCUUUUGAUGCAGUUGCCCACAAAGUGGAAAUACAUUUUUUUGGUUGCUAACACAAGGUAGAAACCUUUUUUCUUGGGCGCCUUGCACCUCCAUUCAACACGCUCCCCACAUUUGGUCAGAGAGAAGGCGCAUGUGAGAUAGGACUAUAUGGUUCAUUUGCCUCUUGUCAGUCUGUAAAUUAACCACAUUUACGACAAAACACAUUAACCAGCAGGGAUGCCUUACCCUCUUGUUUUUACUAGUCCUUUCUGUCAUUGUAGUUCUCUGUACUACUCAGUUUGUAUGGCUUUCCGGCUUAUCUAGACUAAUACAUCCUGAGAGAGUUUGAGAAACCCGAUCCAUUUUGUUCAGAAAAGAGCGAGAAUAUACAUAUAUAUAUGUGUGCGUGUCUGUAUGUAUGUAUGUAUGUAUAUUACACUCGGGAGUGUUUUUUGCCCUGAUCCGCCAGAGGAGAACCCUGAAGAACAUGAUGGUAUGUUUUCUGCUAUGCAUUUUGAAAAUUUCUAGAUGUUAUAGAAUUGCUUGUAUAUAACUCGCGCAUACCACUUUUGUUCUUGGUUUGUAAAUUUAACUUUUAUAAGCUUUACCUUUUUUAUAUAUAUAAAUAUAUAUAAAAAUACGAGACAGACGUUUCUUAAUAUCUUUGUAUUCUCAUACCUUUUGAGCCUUCAACUUUGACAUCUUGCAGCAAUAAAGCAGCAUUUCUACAGUAUGUGAAAAAAGGACUUCUUUUUUUAAAAAAGAAAAGAAAAUGCACAAAAUUGUUACCUUUUUAAGUGCUGCAUUUAAAGACUAACUCGGAAUUCUCUAGUUUGAUUACAUUCUUGAAAAAAAAAGAAAGAGAAAAAAACCAACAAAAGUAUCCCUACUGUAAUUUUGUGAUAAGGAUGCUGUCCUAUGUGCCCUGAAAUGUAUUUUUUUACUAAUAGACAAUUUAUUAUGGCACAUCAGCACUAUUUCUGUUUAGAUAAUAUACCACUGCAUUCUGUUAAUCAGUUCUUUAGCUAUUCAGGUGUGGCUGAUUUUUUUUUUCUUUGCCGUUAUUAAAAAUUACACAUUUCUUAAUAUACAGAAUAAAAACUGUUUUUAAAAUAA